CGCACCUCUGCACGCUCUCCCUCGGCCUCCCAGCCCCGGGCAAGGAUGGGCAGCUCCCGGGGUCUUCAGACCCCUCUUCCGAGUCGGCCCCGCUCUCAGAUUUAGGCCUUCCCGGCUGUGCUCCGCUUCGUUUCUGCCUGGGACCCGCCACCACCAUGGUCGGUGAGACGGAAACUAUGAGGGACCCUGUGAGUAGCCAGUACAGCUCCUUUCUUUUCUGGAGGAUGCCCAUACCAGAACUGGAUCUUUCGGAGCUGGAAGGCCUGGGUCUGUCAGAUACACCCACCUACAAGAUCAAGGACAGCAGCGUUGGCAAAAUGAUCGGGCAAGCAACAGGAGCAGAGCAAGAGAAAAACCCAGAAGGCGAUACCCUCCUAGAGUACAGCACCUUCAACUUCUGGAGAGCUCCCAUUGCCAGCAUCCACUCCUUCGAACUGGACUUGCUCUAAGGCCAAGACUUCGGUCUCCCACCACCUUGCCCUUAUUAUCUUCUCUUUCAAGCCCCUUUCUUCUCAUUCCUUUCCCAAAUUAAUCUUGUUCUCUUCCUUCUAUUGUGUUGGUGGUGCUGAUGAAUCUGCCAGUUGUUUUAUUUAUUUAUAUAUUUAUUUAUUUAUUCGUUCAUUCAUUCGUCUAUCUAUCUAUCUACUCCAUUUCUCUCAAAAGCCCUCAAACCAAAGUAAAGGGUUAAAGCAAUGGAGUAUUGGAUAACAGAAACCCCACCCCCACCCCCUGGAUUAUUAACCCCAGAAAACAGGCUUUGUGGAGACAUCAGGGAGUAGUAGAGUAGUACAAAAUGGAAUAUGGUUUUGAUCCCAUUUUUAAUCGGCUUCAAAGAUUGCUCAAACCAUAUGUUAAGACCUUGGGUUUGAUCCCUAGCACCACAAAAAAGAAGAUUGCUCAAACCUUUGUAGUUUCCUGUAGUUACCAGUAAAUUUAAGUAUUUUUUCCAGGGUUAAUGAAAACCUUCUAAUUUUUAAGAUGAUUUGUCACAACAGAAUGAUUUCCAAAACGUUAAGGUGAUGAUCUUUUUUUAAUCCUAUUCCUUCUUAUAAUACAUUCUUUUCCCCAGAAAAAUUAGGGGUAAAGUUAUAAAAUGAGGAAAUGAUAUAUUAUGAAAAUAUGGAAAAGCACUCAAGACUUUUCAGAAAUAGUUGAAGCUCUUUCCUUCCAAAAAGCAUUCUUUGUUUUCUGCAGUACUGGGGAUCCAACCCACUGAACUACAUCCUAACCCAUUUUAUUUAUUUUUUUUUUUUUGAGACAGGGUCUAAGUUGCCCAUGCUGGUCUUGAAUUUGUUAUCCUUUUGUCAGCCUCCAUAGUCCAAAAGGACGUUCUUCAGCUUACAACUUUGCUUUUAAUUUUGGAUUGAUAAUUCUAGCUGAAAAAAAUCAGAUUUCAAAUCUUAAGAAACCUUGCUAUUAGGAUAAUUUGUAAGGUUCUGAUUCGGUCUUCUAAAGAAAACCAUAAGGUUUAGUCCCAUUCCUCAUUUGCAACGUAUGGUCUACUAAUCAGUGGGCCUCAGGCACAGUUUUAAAGCUACAUUAAGACCCCAAAUGAGCAAUUACAUUCUGCCCCUACACCUUGUUCCCACUCCUUCCAAAAAUAUUGCUGAUCUGUGCUGCCAUUUACUCACUUAUUUAAUAAAGACAUUCAAUCCCA